GGAUCGGGACUUGCGGGCCAAAAACAUCGUCCCAAUCAAAACUCUUGCAAUUUUCCGCAGUUGACUGGCAAUCCAAGCCCUCGUCAACGGUUACCCACGUCUUGCCCCUGAAUGCACAAAACAGCCCAUGCAGCCGUGAGAUGAGCGGACGAUUGGUAUUGUGGGGUCUCUCCGUCUUGUUGACCGGGGAUUAAGAGAAACAACCAGCCCAAAAUAAAGGCAAUGAAAUGAAAUUAAAGCAAACCUCAGACCCGAUUCCGUUUGCCAUCAAAUUCCCUGCUGCUAUCCUUCUCAUCUUCCUACUUACCUAAUAAUAAAAACAUAUCUCGUUUUUCUAUCUUUUGACCAACUGACCUGCUUUUUUAACUGUUCGAUCCUUCGAACUUUCAAUCCUUCAAACUGCAACAUUCUUUUACAGCAUAACUAGUGUAUAAUCAUAUUCCAACCCUAUUCCAUAAACUUCUAAUCCUAUCCCUCUUUUGGAAGAUAUGGGCUCCCUUGGCCCUGGUCAACCCCAGUACAUUCACUUAUCAUUCGCCGCCUAACAAGGUCCAGCUACAACCCCCCCGGACGACGCAUACAGGUUACUUCCAUUGACUCUCCUAUUACAGCAAAGUCCGUGUGGUGCUGCGUACCCCCCAAUUUCCCAGCUUCUCAAACGAGCUCCAGUCUUCCGCCCUGAAUUUUGAUCCCCAUCUGCCUCUGGGUGGAUUAUGUAUUCUUAUGUCUAUGAAACCCGCUCAACUUCUACAAAUUUGCUUAAUAACUACUCGUUCCAACCCUCUCUUCAAUGACAAGAGGCUUAACAAUAUAGUUUCUGCUUUAUAUUCUAGACGCUCUUUUAUCGGGAGGACUAGGCAUCGUCGUGCCAUCUCGUCCCCAGCCACUCCUUUACUAAACCGGCGGUCAACGGAAAACUUCAUCGCACAACUUUCAUACUCUCGUUCAUCGCACAAAGUUAUCAAACCUUUUACCGGGUCAAACAUGACUCGCGGUCUACAGGAUUCCGCUCUUUCGCUAGACGCGGUUCUAACCUCAACCCCUAAUAUGGCUACCAGUGUAAACUCUACUAGUGGCCCGGCUCCAACAUCGCCACGUGCUGCAGAUGGCUAUCCAGAGAGUACUGGAGAAAGCGGAGCGGCGGACGGGGACACAUACUCGAGUUCGAUGCCUUCUCCACCAUAUCUAAGUGAGACAUCUCGGACGAGGUCCACUCGUUCUACCUCGACAACAUCACGAAAUUCAAAUCGAUUAUCAUUAACUUUGCCGAUCGCGCCGCCUGAUAGUAUCCCCUCGAGGCCCACACCCACCUCCUCCGUGCCGCCAACUCCAAUCCAGACGUCGGCAUCAAACCAGCCUACCGACGCUAAUGAUUUCAUUAUCGCUAUCGCCGCUCAGGAGCGUCGCGUGCUAGAACUUCGCGAAGAGCUAGGGCGAGCAGAGCACGACCUCAGAAGACUGAAGAAGCACUGGACAGCGUCAGAUGGUUAUAAGAAGCGUGCAUCUGCUAGAAAUAUUGAACCUCUUCGAACCGCAUCUCUAAUAGAUGGGCAAUGGAGUCACGAUGAUCCAACAACUGUUAGAUACACCAGUGAACUGGAGCGUAGGAAAGCUAUCCUUCUUGCGCAGAGCAAGGCGGCACCUCGAGACACCAAGAGGACAAUUAUCCGUGGCGGACAUACUCGUACUUUAUCCUUACUUUCACCUACGAUGUCUCCAAGCGGAGAUGACGUACCGCGAUCAGCUGAUCUAUACUCGAGAAUGUCGCCUGUCUCUACUCCUCUUAUUAACAAGCGCGCAACUUGGGCUCCCCGUCAAAGUCAACCGACCAAUGGUAUGAAGCAAAUCGCAAACGAUUUUAAGCAAGGCCUCUGGACAUUUGUUGAGGACUUAAGGCAAGCAACUGUGGGGGAUGAAGCGAUUUCCGGGACAACAAAUAGGACAAGUGAUAUGGUUUCAAGGCUAGGUAGAACAGAGAGCGAGCAAGAUACUAUUCGGGCGUCUACAUCGAGCCGUGGCAAGAUGCCAUUCCAAGACGAGUCUGAUUCGGCAUCGGAGACACCAAGCAGACAAUCCACCAGUAGUUUCAGCGACCGUUUACAGCACAGACGUACGAUAUCGAAGGUAGAACCUAAAGCGCGAAAGCAUUACUCCUGGACACCACUCUCAUUUGAUAGCUUUGAUGACGAGGAUUGGUCGAACUGGGAUACGCCAAACGUCAAGACAGCCCGCUGGAGCGGUAGCACUGUAAAUGGGGAUAUCACCGCGAUUCCUGAGAAAAUUGGCGAAAAUGAGGGGACACUGAGAUGCAAGCAAUCCCGUAGCGAGUUACGAUCGCCAUCCCCAGAGACUCCAAGUAGGCUAGAAGAAUUACCACAGGCCAUCCUCAACCGACUGACUCCCAGUAACAUUAAGAACACGACGUCGAACUUCAUCAAGGAAUGGGAGAAGAGCUUGUCCCCGCCUGCGGAAUCUACUUCUUUCUGAGUUAAACCCCCGAGACCACGGCGGAACCCGAGUUACGAACACACCAAUUUCAAUUCUUGAUAUAUGCGCGGAAGAAGCAUUGCGUAGACGCACGAACACGCGGAUUUCGGAGGCUUGCCUACGGUUUAGGAUAAACGAGAUAUCCCCGACGGAAACUUCGACGCCGCUUUACAUUCUUAUAGAUACCUACCAUUUCGUUCAGAGCGUUGUGAAGACCGGGGCUCUCAAACGCGAGAUUAUUUGUCGAUCGAGUUCGGCCGUUGUUGGAUUAAGAUUUUGGGAUUACGGAUGGAUGCAUCGAUUUUUUGGCCACGAUAUUAUCAAGUUCUAGCGGCGCUCCGAGUUAAAGGGUAAGGAAUAGAAGGCCCCCGCGCCCAUUGGGUUUUUAGGUAAUAUCUAAUGAUCACGACCGCUCAUGAAUGAUAGACGACGAUGAUGUAGAACGAACGAAAUAGACUCGUUUGCUAUCGUUGUCAAUUGUCAUACUUACAGUAUAGUACAGUAUAUGAGCUCUUCUGGACCGGGCUAGUUCUUGUGAGACGAGACUAGGCCUUGCGUAUAGUUAAAUAUAACGUACAUUCUGAA